AUGGCGACCUCCUUGCUACGGUUAGGGCGACUUGGUUCCCUCAAGUGUCUCCGGUUGGAGAGCUGGGGCGUCCUGAGGAGUCGCUCGGCUGCGCCGUUCUGCACUCAGGCUGAAGAGCCCCCGAAACCAGCUGCGAAAAAGACCAAGGCAGCAAGCAAGAGACGCAGCCACACGGUAGUUGACGCAGCUCCCACAGUUGCUGAGCCCCUGGUCGAUGCAAGCACUCAAACCUCAGCACCUGAAGACACUCCAGCUGCUGCCUCCACCACUCAGGAUGAAGUCCCAGCCACCGUGGCCUCUUCUGAGCCUGCUGAUGCUGCACCUGAUUCAUCUUCCUCCUCAUCGUCCAGCGAUUCAGAUUCUGACUCGGAUUCUGACUCUGAGGACGAGAAGUCGGAAGCAAAGACAGCGUCCCCAAAAGUGUCGGUAUCUGCUGUGAAAGAAGAAGCAGAAGUGAAGGAAGAGCCUGAAGCUGAAGUUGUUCUCGCAUCCGCUGCUGAGGCCGUGCAAGAGGCUGCAGCAGCACCUGCAGAAGAAACUCAAGCUACCGUGGAAGCCCCCAUUGCUGGCUCAGAGGAGUUGGUAGACUCUGCUCCUGAGAUCUGCACCGCCACCGAAGACACACUAGAGGGCAGUGUGAGCACCCUGGAUGCUAUAGCCGAAGCUGCAGUGGAACCAGAAGUAGAUGUUGUUGCAGCGCCUGCUACCCCUGAUGUUGAAGUUGUCACUGAGGCUGCACCCCUAGAGGAAGCUGCAGCUGAAACCACAGAGCCCACAGAAGCUGCAGCCGAGCCUGCAGAAGCCACCGCUGCCCCCGUGGAUGCUGCCGAAGAGUCUGCCUCUCCUGAAGUCCCCGUAGAAGUUGAAGCUGUCCCAGCUGAAGCGGCUGCUGAGGCUGCAGCUGAAGUUUCUGCCCCAGUGGAGGAGGAUUUGGUGGAUCCUGCUCCUGUAAUCGCUGAAGCUGCCCCCGUAGAAGCUGCAGAAGUCCCUGUAGAAGCUGAAGCUGCCCCUGUAGAAGCUGAAGCUGCCCCUGUAGAAGUUGAAGUUGCUGCAGAGCCUGUAGAAUCUGAAGCUGCCCCUGUGGAAACUGCAGAAGUCGCUGCUGAGGCUGCAGCUGAAGUUUCUGCCCCUGUGGAGAGCGCGGAAGAGUUGGUGGAUACUGCUCCGGUCGUAGCUGAAGCUGCAGGAGAGGAGCUGCAGGCGGAGGUCCCAGUUGAAGCACCUGAGGAGGCUGCAGCAGUGGCGCCUCCAGAGCCCGAGGAGCCGUUUGACAACAGCACUUACCAAAACAACCAGCACCACAGCUACACCCCGUACACAUUCGCAGACCUGGAUGUAGAGAUGGCCAAGUUUCGUCUCCCUCAGCCUUCGGCCGGCAGACAGUAGAGGGAAACCUUUAAAGAGCUUAUAGAAGAAGAAGAAGAUGAUGAUGUUGUCCCUCCUUACAUAUGAUCACCCCCCUUUACCUGUCAGAUCUGCAUGAGAUCAUGCUGUUAUAUUAUUAAAAUACACAAAUGAGAAAUGGAAA